CAACGACAGGUUGCUGUCACGUCACGUGGUUAGAGUUAGGCGGGGAAAGGUUUCUCCAGACUUCUUCUUUAGAAAUGUCAACAAUCGUGAAGGAUAUGGUCUUGUAAAAUAACCACUCCUCUGCAUAUUGCAAUAUUUCCACGUUUUUUUGCAAAUUAUGUAUAUCUUGAUUGCCUUUAAUUAAUGCACGCUCGUAAUAAUAACUUUUUUACGACAUGCAUCAUUCUAACCUUACAUUUAAAACUCGGUAUCAGCGUUACUGAGAUACUUGGAAUUUAAACUUCAUAUAACUGUAAACGAAAUGGCAGCACAAUUAGAACGUUUAAGGAUUUACUUUGUUACGUGGAAUGUUGCUACAAGGUACCCAGAGCAAGCUCUCCAUCAACUUUUAAAUAUUAAGCAUGGAGUAUUAAAUCCCUUACCGGAUAUAUUUUUUAUUGGACUACAGGAGGUAAAGGCGCAACCACAGAAUAUGAUAUUAGAUACUUUGUUUCAAGAGGAUCCAUGGACCAAAUCGUUUAGAGAAGUAUUAAAAGAUCACGAUUAUGUGAAAAUCCGUUCUCAACGGUUACAGGGUCUUGUUCUAAAUUUUUUCUGUUUAAGAAAACAUAUAACCCAUUUAAGAAUGGUCGAAGCGCAAUAUACAAGAACAGGAUUUGGUGGAAUGUGGGGUAAUAAGGGUGCCGUAAGCAUAAGAUUUAAUCUGUACGGUGUUAGCAUUUGUGUUGUAAACACACAUCUUACACCCCAUGAUCAUCUAUUAGCAGAUAGAAUAGCGGAUUACAAUACUAUUCUUAGAGAACAUUCUUUUACUGCGCCUGACACACCAAAUAUUUUAUUUCAUGACUACGUAUUUUGGAUUGGAGACUUAAAUUUUAGACUUCAUGGAGAAGAUUUAACUGCAACUGAUAUUGAUUUGUUAGUUAAAAAAAAUCAAUUGAAUUUACUUUUAGAAAGGGACCAAUUAAAGAUGGUGAUGAGAAAUGGUGAUGCAUUUGCUGAACUCCAUGAAAACGAUAUAGAAUUUCCUCCUACAUAUAAAUUUGAAUUUGCUUCGCAAGAUUUUGAUCUCAAGCGUAGACCAUCUUGGACGGAUAGAAUUUUGUACAAAGUUAAUGCAAAUGUAUACGAUGAUGUUACAUUAAGUGCAUUACAACUUAAUUACAAGAGUCACCCUAAUUUCAUUCAAUCCGAUCACAAGCCUGUAACCGGUGAAUUUAAUAUCACGAUCAGGCCACAUGUGGAAGAUAACGGCGUUGAAUUCCAGCCAGUUACUGCUUGGUUCAUAGAUGAAGAAAAUUCAGUAUCAUAUAGAUUGAUCGGUGAUGUAAGACCGGUCAGUGGAGAUUGGGUGGGUCUUUUUCAUAAUCAGUUUUCUAGCUUAGACGAAUACAUCGUCUAUGAAUACGUUGGACGAGGUAGAAUAGGAGAAACUUCAGAAAUGGGACCUUCUGAACCGAUAACGGAAAGAAUAUUUUUUAACGAGACGGCCCUUAGAAUUCCUGGAAUGUACCGUUUAAUUUACGUUGCGCAACGUGGUGAUUUGAAAGGAAUUCUUGGUAUGAGCCCACCAUUUCCAGGUCAUCGUAGACCACUUUGAUCGAAUCUGUCAAAGUCCAGACAAAUUAGUUAAAUUAUUUUUAUAACAUAGUAAAUAAUCUCGGAAUAUCAACGAAAAUGGGUUUUUUAUCGGUGUAUAUGACGGUAUGAUCGGUAAGAUAGUUUGGUUUGGGUCAUUAAUUGUAACAGGUAGGCCUAAGAAGAAUAAUUGACCAAAAAGAAUUACAUAUGUUUUCUUCUUUUUUUAAUACAAUGACAAUUAUAUUAGAAGUCUUGCCAUGGCAAAUGAUUUAUAAACAUUGGUUUAUAAAAUGUAAAUUUACUGGUGUUUAAUUAUAUACACACAUACACAUACACAUAUAUAUAUAUAUAUAUAUAUAUAUAUAUAUAUAUACCGCGGGAACCUAUAGCACAGGUUAAAUAGUUUCUAAAUGACAAAAAAAUUGAUCUGAUCUCAUUUGAAAUCUAAUUACAAAAAGAAUUAUUAUUUUCUAUUAGAGAAUGAUACACGCAAAAUAGAGAUAAUAUAUGCUAUUUUAUUUAAAUGUCGCUUUUCAAAGCCUUCAAUCAUAAAGGAUCGAUUAAAUACUUAUUUCCUAUUAUUGUGAUAAUUCCAUCGAACAAAGAAACAUAACGUGUAUAGCAUUCGUAUUGAGGUUUAAUGGGAAAACUUAAUAUAAAAUUAUAUAGCUAUAGUAUGGAGAUCAGGAGUUGAAUUCUCGGAGAACAUUUUUUACGUAUUGUAUUAAUGGAUGUGAAUUUUCUCAUCAGCAAAAUAAAUAUUCUAUCAAAUUACUUCAAUUAAAAUUAGGGCACCGUUUCAGCCAAUUACCUAUCUUUUUGUCAGAACUCAACACCUGAUCUCCGAAAAGUAUAUAAAUAUAUAUACAUUUUAUUAAUAUACGUAGAGAAUUUAGUUAAAAAUAUUUAAAUGUUAUUUUCGGUACCUGGUUAAUGCUUCUGAGUUUAUUGCUCGGAUGCACUCGCGCUUAAUUAUCUUAUGUGUAUCUCGGAAAGCUUAUUAGAGUGCACUAAAGCAUUUUAUCUAAAUAUAAGACAUUUUUUUAAUUAAUACAUGUACGCGUGCACUCUUCUGAGAACAAAUUUUUUAAAUUAUUCGUUAUUAAAUAACGAAGCUUGUUGACUGGAUAUGUAAGUCAAUAUAUAAUGACUUACUAUUUUAAAAUUUAUAUACGAGUUUGGGUAUACAUACAAGACAAUGAAUCGUGUAUAUGAAUACGAAAUAAUAAAUAUAUAUUAUGAUAUAUGUAUAUAUAUACAUAUAUGAUGAUGAAAAUAAAAUGUAAUAGUAUUUUUUAUCAUUGCAUUUCAUUGUUAAACUAAACCUUAGUCAUUAUGUACAAAUAUUAAAUACUCCUAAUUCGUAUAAAUAUUUUUAUUCCAAUGGUAUCGAUUAUAUUUAUCGUUGCAUGGUAUACGACCCUUAUAUGGGUCGGUCAGUAGGUCAUACAGGGAUUUUGCAUGGAUGACCCCCAUAUAUGGGUCAAUAGUAGUUAAAUAAAGGGUUAAAUAAAGUUAUACAAUAUAAAUAAAUAAUAAUAAUAACAAUAGAGACCGAACAAUUUUUUAAUAUAUAAUAUAUUUUAAUGAAAUAAUGGUAGUAAUAAUAGGACGAUGAAAUUUACAUGAUUUCUUCAAGGUUUGUUUAUAAUUUGAUCAUUUAAAAGAUCAUUUUAUGAUGAAAAUAGAUAUAUUUUAAUGAUGAAUUAAAUAAAGUUAGAAUUAAUGACAUACAACUUCUAAUGGUUAGAUAACUGAUGUAGACACGCAUACUUAAAACUCAUUGUCAGUUAUACACAAAUAUAACUGAUAAUCUAAUGGCGAGAAAACAUCUUAUUAUAAGGUUGUUGCAUAAUUUCUUUAACAUUUGCUUUAAUGCUUUUUUAUGCAACCUAAUAAUUAUUAUAUAAUUUUAGCACAGAUAAAAAAAAUAUACAUUAACAUUUAAG